CACCUCAAACUGCUGUCAGCAGUCCGAUCGGUGGAAAUACGAGUAUACGAGUACACAGCCCAAAAGAUGUCAAAACUGUACCUCAUUGCCGCGGUAGUGGCACUAUUGAGCGUCACCGUUCGCGCCCAUCCAUUCAAAGAGCUGAAUGAAGUGAUUGCAAAUGAAGUGACUGGAAGAGCAACUGCUUCAGAUGGCGAGGACUAUCGUCUACCGACCAUAAUUCAACCAUGGAAUUACACACUCAAAUUGGCACCAUAUCUGCAAGAAAGUGAUGGCAACAAGAGAUUCACAUUUGAUGGUGAAGUUACCAUCCAAAUUAAUUCAACUGAAGCCACAAAAACACUAAUUUUACAUACGAGAAACUUAAAUUACACAACCCGCGAAUAUUGGUCAGAAUCUAAUGCGACUAAAAUCAAUUUGGACAAUUUCGAAUGGAAUAGUGUGACUCACAAAAUACAAUACAAUUUGAGCACAGAGUUGGAAGCUGGUAAAACUUAUUACCUACAUUUCAUCUACAAUGGCACGAUGGAUGAUGAUAUGUAUGGCUUCUACCGCAGCUACUAUGUUGAUUCCAAUAAUGUCACCAAAUGGAUUGGUUCUACACAAUUUCAACCUAAUCAUGCACGACGUGCCUUCCCUUCAUUCGACGAACCAAAAUUUAAGGCCACCUUCGACGUUACAAUCAGACGCCCCAAAAACUUGACCUCUUUUGGCAAUACCCGUAUUUCGACAACAGUCACUGAUGGAGACUAUGAGGAAGAUAUCUACGUAACAACUCCAUAUAUGUCCACCUAUCUAUUAGCUUUCAUCGUGUCCGAGUUUACGCAACGCAAAAGUGAUAAUUUCGGGGUAAUUGCACGCCCUGAGUAUUAUAAUCAAACUGAAUAUAGUUUCAAUGUCGGCCAAAGUAUUUUAAAAGAAUUGGGCGACUACUUUGGUAUUGACUAUUUUGCAAUGGGUAAUGAUAAAAUGGAUAUGGCUGCCAUUCCCGACUUUUCUGCCGGAGCAAUGGAAAACUGGGGUCUAUUAACCUACAGAGAGCGGGCAUUGCUUUAUGAUUCAAACUCCACAACGGAUAGUGCCAAACAAUAUAUUGCCGCAGUAGUGGCACAUGAGCAGACUCAUAUGUGGUUCGGUGAUCUGGUGACGUGCGACUGGUGGAGUUACACAUGGUUGAAUGAAGGAUUCGCUCGUUACUUCCAAUACUUUGGCACACAUAUGGUUGAAACUGAUAUGGCUUUAGAUAAGCAGUUCGUAGUCGAUCAAGUACAAUCAGUUAUGUCCAUGGACGCCACGAAUAGCACCAAUCCUAUGAGCGAUGAAGACACGCACACACCCUCCGACAUAAGCCGUAUGUUUAAUAGCAUUUCCUAUAACAAGGGUGCCUCCUUUAUCCGGAUGGUAAAACAUGCCAUGGGCGAGGUUAACUUCAAAACUUCGUUGCAAACCUAUCUCAAAACUUACCAAUACAAUAACUCCAUUCCGAUUUAUCUUCUUCAAACUUGGCAAAAUUAUUGGCCUGCUUCAACCAAACAAUACUCAGAGGCUGUGUUUAAGAGCUUCACGGAGCAAGUCGGCUAUCCCGUCGUGACAGUAACACUGUCUAGUGACAAGAAAUCUUUUAGCGUUAAACAGUCACGCUUUAUGCUCAAGGAUCAGAGCACCAGCAACACUUCUUUACUUUACACCAUACCAAUUUCCUAUACGACCAGCGAAGAAAACAAUUUUGAAAACACAACUCCUGAUUUCUAUUUGAAUGCUACAACAUCGGCAUCAAAUAUAACCCUAAACAACAGCGUGGAUUGGAUCAUUCUUAACAUACAAGAGACUGGCUACUAUCGCGUCAACUAUGAUCAGAGUACUUGGAGUUCUAUACACGCAGCGCUGCACUCCUCGAACUGGAGUGGUAUUCAUGAACUGAAUCGUGCUCAAAUAGUCGACGAUCUGCUCAACCUGGCACGUGCUAAUGUUCUCGAGUACGACGUAGCACUUGAUGUACUUGAGUAUUUGGAGAGUGAAAUCAAUUACCUACCAUGGACUUCCGCCUUCAAUGGAUUUACUUUCAUUAACACUCGUCUGGGCAAUGAUACUGAGAGUUUCUACUCUUACAUUAUUGAACUUACUGAGACAGCAUACAAUCAACUCGGGUUCGAUGAACGCUCGAACGAUACCGCAUUAGAUAUCUAUAAUCGUGCUAAAAUUUUAUCUUGGUCUUGCAAAGCUGGUCGUACAGAGUGCAUUCAAAAGUCACAAGAACAUUUUGCCAAAAUUGACACGACUCCAGUACCAGUGAAUAUCCGUUCAGUUGUGUACUGCAAUGCUCUGCGUUAUGGCAAUGAAUCUAAUUACGAUAAACUUUUCAACAAAUUUUUGACAAGCACUUCUGCCACGGAGCAAAACCUGAUUCUCAGUACACUGGGAUGUGUGAAAAACAGUACACUGAUUGAGAAGCACUUCUGGGCCAUUGUGAGCGAUCAAAUUCGUCUCCAGGAUAAAUCUACUGCAAUGAGCAGCCUGUACACCGACAACAAUGAAAAUGUGGAUCAAGUCUUCGAAUUAGUUACCACAAACUACGACCAACUUGCAACUUCGAUGGGCAGCUAUUCCUCCGUCGCCACAAUUAUUGCCAAUAUUGCUGCUCUUUUUACUACUCAAGAGCAACUACAGAAAUUGAAGACGUUCAACGAAAAUAACAUGUCCAACUUUGGUAGUUCACAGUCAACAUUGGUGGCAGCAGAAAGCACUGUUGAAUACAAUUUGGGAUGGGCUGGCGACAGAUUAGUAAGCUUCAAGAGCUAUUUGGUGAAGCGCAAGGCAAACGGUGCUACUACUAAUACAGUUGCCGUACUAACACUAAUUGUAUGUGCUGUCAUUGGACGUUUCCUCCAGUAAAUUUCGCUAGCGCUUCCAUAUGUACCUAUACAUACAUUCCCAAUCAUGACUGGCAUUAACAAAUGCAUAUAGUUACGUAUGGUAGACUUAAUUUCUUUAGAUUAAGACCUACUGAAAAUAUUCUUCUCCUUCUUCUUAUUAAUCGAUUUUGUAAAUAUAUUUAUAUUUUGUAAGUAUGUAUAUGGAUAAAUAUGAAUGUGUGUGUAAGAAUUCAUCUCUUCAAUAAAAAUCCUCAACGUAGUUAACGAAUACUUA